AAGAGACAAAAGACAAAAGACAAGUUCAAUAAUCAAGAACAGCUUAGCUUUGUUUCUUGCAAGAGAAAAAUUAAAGUUAUAGGGAGAGUGAGAAAAAAAAAAAGGUUAGAGAGAGAUGGAGAUUGAAUUCUUGCACAAACACCCAUUGAAGUUUUAUGACAAAUCAAAUGAAGAGAUAUGUAUGGGAUGUAGAGAACCCAUAUUAGAUCAAACUUAUGGUUGCAGCCGUUGUCAAUUUUUUCUCCACAAAUCUUGUACUCAGCUUCCAAUAAAAAUCAAACAUUUUUUCCAUCCAUGCCCUCUUCUCCUCAGAAUUUCCUCAAUUUCGAAAUGUAAUGCUUGCUAUGAAGAUACCCCAGGUUUCAUUUACAGUUGUGAGCCAUGUGAGUUCAAUAUGGAUAUCAAAUGCUCUCAGCUUCCUAAAAUAAACCCUAAUAUCCAAGAAAAGCAAAUCUACCAUUCUAGUCAUAGGCAUCCUUUAACUCUCUUUAGAGAUCUUGAGGGCAAUGAAGCUUACUGUAAAGUAUGCAAAAAGCUCUGUUUAAUUCAGAUUUGCGGUUGCAGCGAAUGCAAUUAUUAUCUUCAUAUUUCUUGUAUGGAAUUUUUGCCCCAGAAAAUUCAAGGCUCAUUUCAUUCUUGCAUGGUUACUCUACUCACUGGCCAGCAAUAUCUUUGUGGUUCUUGUAAUAAAGAUUUUUCUGGCUUGACUUUUCGCUGCGGUAAGUGCUAUUUCCAUCUAUGCUUAGAUUGUUUUGUAACUUCAACUGUAAAGUCUGAAGGGCAUUCUAGGCUUCCUUUGGAAAUACUGCAUUUCAUUCACCCUUGUCCUCUUUUUCUUAGGAUUUCUUAUGUAUUUAUGUGUAAUGCUUGCCUUGAUCGUCGCUCUGGCUUUGCUUACUAUUGCGAAAAAUGUGAAUUUAAUUUAGAUAUUGAGUGUUCUCAAGUUCCUAUAGUAAACUCUGAGCAGAUUCAACAUUUUAGUCAUUUACAUCCCUUGACACUUUAUCGAAAACUUGAAGAUAAUGAAGAAAUUAGUUGCAGAAUAUGUGAGCAACUCUGCUCUGGUUCUGCCUGUGGUUGCAGCCAAUGCAAUUUUUACCUUCAUAAGUCUUGCAUGGAAAUUUUGCCUCAAAAGAUUGAACCUUUAUUUCAUUCUUGUCCUCUUAUUCUGCUAUCAACCGUGUCUUAUCGGUGUGAUGCUUGUCACCAAGACUACUCUGGCUUGACCUUUCGCUGUGGCAAGUGUUACUUCCAUCUAUGUGUUAAUUGCUCUUUAAUGUCUACAAUGAAUCCUAAUAGACCUUUCGAUAUUCCACGAAAGAUUCAACAUUUCUUUCACUUGUGCCCUCUGUUUCUUAGAAUUUCUCCUUCCUAUACUUGUAAUGCUUGUUAUAAACAACAUUCAACCUUUAGGUAUCAGUGUAAUGAUUGUGAUUUUAAUAUGGACAUUGAAUGUGCCCUGAUUCCUACUAUAGAAUCCGAUAGUCAGAAGGAGCAAAUUCAACAUUUCUGUCAUUGGCACCCUUUAACACUCUUUGAACAGGUGAAAGAUUAUGAAACUUGCUGUGGAAUAUGUGGGAAACUCUGCUCAAGUCCUAUCUAUGGUUGCAGUCAAUGUAAUUUUUACAUUCAUAAAUCUUGCAUGGAAGCUUUAGAGCAAAGGAUUGAGCACUUCUUCCAUCAGUGUCCUCUGAUUCUACUUACAACUCCAUCAUAUCGGUGUGAUGGUUGUGACAAAGAUUUCUCGGGCUUGACCUUUCGCUGUGGCAAGUGUUAUUUUCAGUUAUGUGUUGAAUGUGCCCUGCUGCCAGCUAUAGAAUCUGAUUUCCAUACAAAAAUUCAGCAUUUCCUCCAUAGGCAUCCAUUGAUUCUUGCUGAGAAGAAAGUUACUGAUAAAGUUUAUUGCUAUGAAUGUGGAGAAUGUUGCAGGGGAAAUACCUACGGCUGUAUCAAAUGCAAUUUCUUUUUACACAAAUCAUGUGCAAAAUUACCACACGAGAUUGAAAGUGCAUUUCAUCCAGAGCAUCCCCUAUCACUGCUACACAUGUCUUCUCAAAAUUCAGAAAUAGUAAGAAGAUGUGAUUUGUGUCUCAAGAUUUGCAGUCAUUUUGCCUUCUGCUGUGAAAAAUGUAAUUUCGUACUAGAUGUGGAAUGUGCUUCACUCAAGCCUACAAUAAAGUACCAAGGUCAUGAUCAUGAUCUUACUGUUGUGGAGAAAAUACAUGAUGAACUUGAAUGUGAUGCUUGUUACAGCUCUUGCAAGGACCUUCCUGCAUUCCGUUGCGUGGAAUGCAAUUUUGAUAUUCACCUUUUAUGCGGUCCUUUGCCUUGCAAAAUUAAACAUAAAUGUCAUGUAGAUCCUCUCACACUCAAGGAUUAUUAUGUUGAGGAUGAAGAUGAAGAUGAUGAAUUCUAUUGUGAUGCUUGUGAGCAAAGAAGAGAUCCGCGAUUCUGUGUUUAUUAUUGUAAACAAGGUUGCCCUAUGGUAUGUGAUGUGAAGUGUGUAAUGUCCGAGGUUAUCGCAUCAUUAAGAGGAGAGCGUGGAGAUGUGGAAUUAAGAGUUGUUGGCAGACACAUGAUUAGUAGGGUAUUUAGCAAAGACUUGGCAAGUGAAGAAAGAGAGCAAACUGGGACAGAUAAAGUUGCAACGAAGGAAAAAGUAAAGAUCAUACCUACUCGGUCAUUGGACGAUAUAGUUGAUUCUCUUGAUCCAACUGAGCAAAGUGAACUCAAUGAUAUUGCAACAGCAAUGAAAACUAAAAGCAAGGCAACACUUGAAAGCAAUAAAAACCAAGUAACUUUGCCAUACUCAGAAGAGGCAUUUACACAGUUCAUGAAUUUGCUUGAUUCUUCCAUUUUGAAAUAUGAGCUUCCAAAUUUUAUCCAAGAACAUGAUUUUACCUCUGUUGGAGACUACCUUGUCUCUCAAACACUCAUUCCCACAUUCCAAGACUUAUUUGCUAAGUAUGGAGAUGUCAGUGCCAAGUCUACAUUCAGUCCCAAAUUGAAGUCAAUAGUUUUUUGCUUCCUUUGCAGUGUGAUACACAGUAUGCAGACAACAAAGGUUGUGGACAUAACUGAAGAUAUACUUCAAGAAUGGUGGGCAUGUUUAAAGUUUGUGCAGCUUGCAGGGUUCAAAAUACAGUCCAUUAUCGAUCAUGUGAAGCGAGUUGCACGUGCCUACUUUGUUCUUCAGGCUAGAAUGUUUACAGAUUACACAUCUGUGGAGAAAAAUGAAGAAAUUGAACAGAUUUCCAGUGAUAUUAAGGUACUAACAGUAAAGUUAGAAGAAAUAAAGGAACAACAAGAGCAUAAUAAAUUGAAUGCACAAGCUGCAACUGCAAGCUUGAUGAAGCAAUUCUUAAGAGAUGCUUCAGCAAUGAAGUGGAAGCCUGCAGCUCAUGGUCUGCUAUAGAUUAUAAUUGUAAAAUGUAAAUUUGAAAAGCUCAUAGCUCAAUGCGUACUGUAACCGAAUUAAAAACUUUAUUAGUGAUUAAAAGAAAUAAAAAAAACUGAACACUUCAUUGUCUCCAGUGA